CUCUCUCUCUCUCACAGCUCAAGCGUUGGCUUACUUUCGUUGACUGCCCUUUCGCUCUCCAAAUGCCAUCUCCAUAUAAAAUAUUCUUGAACCUCUCUCCGUCUGCAUAAUCUUCUCCCUUUGCAGCAAGAACAACAACCACCCACCAAGUUCUUUUCAUUUUGUCUUUCGUCUCCAAGAGGUUUGUGACAUAUAUUCCUUCAAAGGUCUCGCCGAGUUUCCAGUCCUACCUUUGAAUUUCCUCGAACCUCCUGCUUUUGAAAGUCCCCCGCUUUGAAAUCAACUCCAACCCACAAUUCAAAGUUUGCCAUCACGGUGCGUAUUUGAAGGGUCUAGUGGACCCUUUCCUCCUCUUCCUCCCUUUAGGGGCGUGAGUAUAUAAAGCGGGAGUGGGGGUCUGCGUCAGGCAUAUCUUGUGAAGUAGAUUGUCUUUCAGCUCUCUCAGGAACGACUUGUUCGCGAGGGGGAAAGGAAACUAAGAGAAGAAGGAGAGAGAAAUUUCUGGGUUCUGUUCUUGAUUCUGGACUAACAGGUCGGGGCUGAAAUUUGUAUGGGUUUAUCACUUUCGUUGCUCAUAUCUGCUUGGCACGAAAUCGGAGCUCAUUGGUGUUUCAAAUUGGCCCACAACAUCAGUUUAUCUCCCAAGCAACCAGAAGCGAUUGCCUUGAGGACAAAAAGCUUGAAGAGAACAAAUUUGCAGGUCAUGACCAAUUCAGUUUCCUCGGACAAGACCAAUUCUAAGAAUUCCAUUAAACUCCAAAACUGCAAGCCCGAAAACGUGGUUCUCGAACGAACCCUCUCCUUUGAGAAUUUCUUACAUGGUAAAGAAGCCAACCGGGCUUCGGAAAACUCGAAAGUCAAAGAUGGUCCAACCUGUAAACCGACGAGAGGAUUGUCCCUCCCGCGACCUCAGAUAUUUUUCUCGCCGAGACCCAAAAGGGAGCUCGAUGCUGCCGCCGUUAAGGUGCAGAAAGUGUACAAGAGUUACAGAACAAGAAGAAACUUGGCAGAUUGUGCCGUGGUGAUCGAGGAGCUCUGGUGGAAGGCCAUAGACUUCGCAGCCCUGAAGCAUAGUUCCGUAUCAUUUUACAAGGAUGACAAGCCUGAAACUGUUGGUUCUCGAUGGGCGAGGGCGAAAACUAGAGUCGCCAAGGUAGGAAAAGGUUUGUCACAAGAUGAGAAGGCUCAAAAGCUAGCAUUGCAGCAUUGGCUUGAAGCUAUUGACCCGCGGCAUCGUUACGGCCAUAAUUUGCAUCUCUACUACGACGUGUGGUUCAAAAGCGAGAGCACACAGCCUUUCUUCUACUGGUUGGAUGUUGGACAAGGCAAGGAUAUAAUUCUCGAGAAGUGCCCAAGAACUGUUCUGCAUCGUCAAUGCAUCCAGUAUCUCGGACCUAACGAAAGAGAAGCCUACGAGGUGAUAGUCGAAAAUGGGAAACUCGUGUAUAAGCAAAGCAGCGUGCUUGUGGACUCUGUGGAAGGUUCAAAGUCGAUAUUCGUGCUUAGCACGUCGAGGGCCUUGUAUGUGGGUCAGAAGAAGAAAGGCGUGUUUCAGCACUCCAGUUUUCUUGCUGGUGCCGCCAUCACCGCAGCCGGAAGACUAGUCGCCCAUAAUGGGAUUCUAGAGGCUAUUUGGCCAUACAGCGGGCACUACCACCCAACAGAAGAGAACUUCAGGGUAUUCAUCAGCUUCUUGGAGGAGCAUCAUGUAGACCUCAGCAAUGUCAAGAGGUGUGCGGUGGAUGAUGACAAUCCUGUAUACACAAACUCCAGUGAGGAUUCGCAACACGGAUCGGGCGAGGCCCCCGCGGAAGCCGCCCAAUCAGAUGCCCCGGGAGCUGUCGACUCGGCUGCCGAGCCAGAGGAGCCCACUGUCAAAUCUGGACUUCUGCAAGAAAAUGUCAUGAAUGCCCCUGCCAAGGCGGAGCCGCCGGCAUUCGAAUCCGCCAAGCGCAUGUCGUGCAAGUGGUCGACAGGGGCCGGGCCCCGCAUCGGCUGCGUGAGGGACUACCCCAUGGCGCUCCAGUCGCAGGCGCUGGAGCAGGUCAACCUCUCUCCGAGAGUUGUCCCCGGGGCCUUUGCUGGUUACGGUCCAAUCCCUUCGCCGCGGCCCAGCCCAAAGGUCAGGGUGUCCCCGCGGCUCUCCGGCAUGGGCCUCCCGAGCCCGAGGACCAUGAUUGCUUCCACCAGCUGAGUUCUCUAAUCGAGGGGACGGGCUUCAAUCGUUGCGGCGUUGGGCCGGGCCAAAGCCCGAUAACUUUUGAUGGCUGGGGCACAUGUAAUUCUGUUGCUCUCAGCUCAAGAUUCUAAUUUCUAGGUAAAAAUAAAAGGGAAGAGCCUGCAGCAUAGGAGAGUGUUCAGGGACUAAACCCACCCCAUUUUUUCAUGUGUUAAGCCAAUUGAUUUGUUCAUUCAAGUUGUUAUUACCCACUUAAUCGAUCCCACUCUUUCUUUUUUACUUCUCAAGAUUAGGGCUGUAAAAGUUCAAGUUGAUAAAGAAGCUUUGAAAUCUGUCUGCAAGUUCAU